UCCUCCCCCUCCACACUUAUCAUGGACCCAUCUCACAUUGUUCCGUCGCUACACUGAGCAUCAUCGGUAGGAUUUAUACGCGACCUGACGAAAUUCCGCGAUUUCCAUUUUUGGCGUGGACAGCGCUGCGUGCUUCGCUCCAGAGGAGAGGAUAAAACUCCUGCUUUUCAGAGAAGCGCAAGACAAAGACAUGUAUCACUGGCUGCUCUACGUGUUUCUGGGUGUCUGUUCAGCUAUUGAACCCAGUAAACAGGACGAAGAGGACUAUGAAGAUGUACCCAUAAAUAAGACCUGGGUGUUAUCACCAAAGGUCUAUGAGAGCGAUGUAACGCUGAUCCUUAAUAAACUGCUGCAAGGUUAUGACAACAAACUACGGCCUGACAUUGGAGUGAGGCCCACAGUGAUUGAAACAGCUGUGUAUGUCAACAGCAUUGGACCAGUGGACCCUAUCAACAUGGAAUACACAAUUGACAUCUUCUUUGCCCAGACAUGGUAUGACAGCCGCCUGAAGUUCAAUAGCUCAAUGAAGCUGCUCAUGCUCAACAGUAACAUGGUAGGCAAAAUAUGGAUUCCUGACACAUUCUUCCGGAAUUCCCGAAAAUCAAAUGCCCACUGGAUCACUACUCCCAACCGCCUCCUUAGGUUGUGGAGCAAUGGGAGAGUCAUGUACACAUUAAGGUUGACUAUAAAUGCGGAGUGUUACCUUAAGCUGCAUAACUUUCCAAUGGAUGAGCACUCGUGUCCACUGGAGUUUUCAAGCUAUGGUUAUCCUAAAAACGAGAUCAUGUAUCGGUGGCAGAGACGAGCAGUAGAGGUGGCGGACCAGCGGUACUGGAGACUCUACCAGUUUGCCUUUGUGGGGUUGAGGAACACGUCUGAUGUCGCACACACGCAAUCAGGGGAAUAUGUCAUCAUGACAAUCUUUUUUGACCUGAGUCGGAGAAUGGGUUACUUCACCAUCCAGACCUACAUCCCCUGCAGCAUGAUUGUGGUUUUAUCCUGGGUCUCCUUCUGGAUUAACAAGGACGCCGUCCCAGCACGAACAUCUCUAGGCAUCACCACAGUGCUUACCAUGACGACUCUCAGUACCAUCUCCAGGAAGUCCCUGCCAAAGGUUUCCUACAUCACCGCCAUGGACCUUUUUGUCUCUGUCUGCUUCAUCUUCACCUUUGCUGCUCUGAUGGAGUAUGGCACUCUGCACUAUUUCACCAGCAACAGGCAGACAAAGAAGUCUAAAGCCAGCAACACACAGCAGAAAGCAUCAAGCAUGGUGAAUAUCCGGCCCGGCCCGUCGCUGUUGCAGAUGAAUAACAUUGUACCCUAUCACGGGGAGGAUGAUUACGCUUAUGAGUGUUUAGAUGGAAAAGACUGUGCCAGCUUCUUCUGCUGCUUUGACGACUGCCGUUCAGGUGCCUGGCGUGAAAACAGGAUGCACGUGCGAGUUUCCAAGAUCGAUUCUUAUUCACGAAUAUUCUUUCCUACUGCUUUUGGCCUUUUCAAUCUGGUUUAUUGGAUAGGUUAUUUAUAUUUAUAAAACUGGCACCUCAAAGGACAACCGGAGUGUAUCAUAUACAAAAUUUCCCAGAGACUGAGCUACUUGUAUAUAGUUAGAAAUAGGAGGUAGUCAUUUUAACGGCUUACUGUUACCAGCCGUCCGAUUCCAGCAAGAUGCAAAAGUCAAAAUAGGAAAAGAACCCUGAAUUUCAUUGAAGCUAUAGUUGUGGACAUUUGGAAUUACAUCAAAUGUUUGCACGGGUUAAACUCGAGAGAACACGGAGGAGUUUUUGGCGUCACUUUUUAAUAUAGUUUGUUUAUUCCUUGCCACUGUGCUAUUGACAUUGUAAAGUAGGAAGAAGAAGGUGCAUUGUAGCUGUAAUAUAUAAUGGCAAACUAUUAGAUUUUUUUAACUCUUUUAGAAAAGCCAGUAGCUCUUAUCAUAUAACUAACCUGAUUGUCAGCAGGUCAGCAGCCAAUAUUUGAAAUAUCAGCAGUGUGUUUGAGAAAUGUCUGGUCCUGUUGGUCAUUAGUCGUUAAAUAGCUGAAAAACCGGAGCAUCAACUGGACCAGCUUCUGCUCAGAAUCUAGGAAGGAUAAAUUUGUAGUAUUGGCCAAACGUUGAGUUGUCGAGAAGCGGUGGUUUUUACAGAGGCCUGAUUUUAUAUCAUAACAUCAUAAAGAUGAUGCACUGCUGAAGGCACAAUUCUGAAUUUAAAGGAAGAAUCAAACUAGACUUGCAUUUCCUUUUAUACAUUUUUGCUGCGUAUAAAACACAGCGUGACUUUUGCCACAUGACAAAGAGCAAAGUGUACUGAAACGUUUUCAGUAAUAUUGUCUUAGAAUUACAACAUUUUCAACAACAUUUUAAUGGCAGCUUUCAACAAUUUAAGAUUUUUACUUAAAGCUUGCUUUGUUUCCUAUUUUUCCUCAGAGAUGACAGAGGCUCAUAAAUCUUGUAGCUAUGUAUUUUGCAGUGAGGUAGAAAGCACCAUUCACCAUAUAUCACUGUUUAAGUCACGCCAGUGGAAAUUUGGACUCCUGUUCUCAAAAUGAUGAUCUUAAUAUUUUGGACUUCUGUUGUUCUGCAAUACUCAAAUCAAAAUUAGGGCUAUGGCUAAAAUCAUUCACUACUUGCUGGAUAUUGGACUGUACAGUAAAUUUCUCAUUUGCUGUCUGGAGUACGGAGAGAAGUUACCUUUGAAAGCGUUACGAAGUUGUGAUAUGAUCCACAAGCGUGAACUAAGAUUUACAAAUCAGCGAUUUCUGUGGGACUUGUGCAGACUCACAAGUGCGGCUCCACAUACAGACACAAAGCAAUGUGACCACACAGGAGCUGAACGUAAUAAGUUGUGGAAAAAUAAUCAGUAUUUAUUCAGAUUUGGUUUAAACACAUUUGUAAAAUAGUUUCACGUGCUUCAUAUUUGUGUCUUGCGCAUUAGUGAGUCCACAAAAGUUACACACAAAUCACUGCACACAUUUGUAAGUCUUAGUUUAUGCUUGUGGAUCAUAUUGUACGCAUUCGUAACCAUUUUAAGACAGAUUUCUCUUCAUGAUGCCAUCAAAGUAUCCCACAAUGCCUCGUGAAAAUAGCGUAUACCUGAUGGCCAGUACCUGAGCAUUUCCUACCAUCGUGCUCAGCACCAACAGAAACAUGUCAGAUGGAGAAGAGGAAAGAGAAGGCGGUGCCUUUGCUUGAAGAUUCACUGUUAAAGAACUACUUUUGGAUUCAGUGUUGUCAAAAAAAGCGCUGCAGUUUUAAUUUGCGACAAAUAAUGUAAAUCAUGAAGCUCAAACUUUGUUUUUAAAAGGGCUCAGUACUACGCAAUUGUGGUGAUGUUAGCCAGUGUUAAGAUAUUGGAUUUUAUAUAAACAAUGACUGUGUGUACUAAUACAUUUAGGAUUGGGUAAUUUCCUACUGUUUAACAAAUGUGCAAACACAAAGUGCUGAAAUGAACUCACAGCAUUAUGAAAAAAUACUGAGAAUUACAUGUAACUGUUGAAGGACGCAGCUUUCAUUCCUAAAAAUACUCAUUCUUAAUAAAUGUACUAGUUAUGGUUUAAGGAGCUCCAAAGACUACGACGACCUGGAUGACUGAGAACCUUCACAGAUAUACUAGUUAUGCUAGCGCAUACUAUGUGUCUGCAUAGAACUGGUAAAGCAAAAAGAGAUUAAAACAAAGGUCAGAUUCAAUUCAGUUUUAUUCAUGAAGCGCCAAAUUACAACAACAGUCUCUUUAUAUUGCUAGGCAGACCAUUCUUAUUCUUUAAAACGUCAGACUUGGAGAUAAUAUGAAUAGAUAUGCUACAGCAAACUCUCCCAUAAGAAAACUACAGAUAAUAGUUUAGUGCAUUUUCAGAUA